AUGUCCAGUAUCCCCGGGUACAAGGGUGACAUCAACCCCACACCCGGUCACGGCGAGACCCGCAUCUCCAUCUACCUCUACCGGCCGUGGUUUGGCGGCGCAAUCGCCGGUGCCGUCACGUUUGGCAUCGUCCUCUGUGUCCAGCUCUUCUUCCUCUUCAAGUACAAGCGCACAAGAUGGUUCCACGGGUUGCUUGCCUUGGGAUCAUUGAUGGAAGUCGGAGGAUAUGCUGCGAGGAUUAGAGGACAUGCGAACCAGUUCUUGAUCAAUGUCUUCAUCGUGCAAUACUUCCUGAUUGUUGUCGCUCCCAUUCCCAUCGCGGCCGCCAUCUACCUGGUUCUCACCUAUGCUUCGAAACGUUUCCCCAACGGCCGCUCGUUGCUGGCAAUGCGCCCCAACUGGAUCCUGUGGUUUUUCGUUCUCAUGGACGUUGCGACCAUUGCUGUCCAGGUGUGCGGCGCCGCGCUUGUCGGCAUUGUCUAUUCAAAGCAGGCCCGCGGCGAGUCGACCCCCGUGACCACCGAGACUGCCAACAACAUUCUUCGAGCUGGUCUUGCCGUGCAGACCGCCUCGUUUACUGGCUUCCUUUUCCUGCUUGUGGUCGCCAUCUUCCGCACAAAGAAACUCGCACUCCCUGCUGACCAGCACCGCAACAUCCGUCGGCUGCUGUGUCUCAACUUGCUCACUGCCCUCCUUGUCUUGCUGCGUACUGUGUACCGUCUCGCUGUCGAGAUUGAAGGCUACUUUGGUUCAGCCAACCAAUCCCAGAUCCUCUUUACUUGCCUCGAGUAUCUUCCGGUCAUCCUUGCCCUGGCGCUGUUCUCCAUUGUCCCCAUCGCCUCUUUCUUCCCCCGCGAGGACCAAGCGGGCGAGCAUGUCCCCAUGGAGCCCUUCACUGUGAAGGAUACCUACUAG